AUGAAGCUUUUCGCGGUACUUUUCCUGGCCUUGGUACUCUAUGGCGAUGUCGCGGCGGGGAACAUACCAGAUGCCAACGUGGUCAAAAACACCUGGGUUCCGAGCCUGAGUUCCAGGAUGACCAACUUCGCAGAGAAGCAGCUAGGGUCUCUACAGCUACAGAGGCUAUACGACCAGAGAGUCAUGUACAAGACACAACGGGUGGAUGGUCAGGCCAAGAUCGACGAACUGGUCAAGAAGCUGGACGACAGGCUGCAACAGGCCACGACCAACCUUGCAGCCAUGCAACAGAAGAUUCAGGGGUUGAAUAUGGUUCACGUGCCAGUCUCCAUCCCUGGUUGCUGCCAGGCGCCGAACCCAGGGAAAAUGAACUCCCGAUUUAAACAAGUCGUGAGUGAUCCUUUUCAAAAGGGCUGCGCUGAAAUCCAAGACUCCACCAAAGGGUUUUUAUGGCCAAUGAUGAAAACGGACCUAGAUGCAAACUUGCAAAAUACAAAACCGCUGACUUGGCAGUAUUACGGAGACAAGUAUGGCAACUACUACCAGUACCCCACCGGUGUCCACUCCAAGUUCUGUCCGGCGGGGAAGUACGAUGACCACAGAUUUAGGAACUGGUACGUGAAUACAGCGUCACCAAAGAAGAAGAACCUGGUGAUUAUUGUGGACGAGAGCUUCUCCAUGGACCGCAAGGUGGACUUUUUUGACUGGAAUUCCCCAACGCGUCUUGAGAUUGCCAAGGAGGCCGCUAAGACUGUACUGCAAACUCUGAGUUCAGACGACUGGGUGGGCACUGUAGCAUUCAGUGAUUAUGCCAGGAGUCCUCCCGGCUGCUUUGGAGACCAUGUGGCCCAAGCCAACGAUAUCAACAAGCAACACUUGGUGAAGUUUAUUGAUGAUAUCAAGCCUAUGUCCUCUACAAUGUAUUCAUCUGGACUUAAUAAGGCAUUUACUAUGCUUGAAAACGGAAAGAAAAAGAAUUUGCAACAAUUUGAGAACUCUCUGGACAUGAUCUUGUUCCUGACAGAUGGCGCUCCCAAGGACAAACCAAGGUCAAAGGUCAUGGAAGCCAUUGUGGACGGGCAGAAGAAAAUGAACAACACUGUCCAUCUUCUUCUGUAUGGCUUUGGUGAUGAUGUAGCCAGGGAUUUCACUUCGCAACAGUUUCUGCUCAACAUGGCUGACCAGAACCAGCGUAAAGUCAAAUACACCAGCACCAUCAGGAGCAGGACUCAGGGACUUGUUACCAAACACCUUGUUGGAGAAAAGUGGGAUCCCUAUCCUGCAGCAGGAUUUGAUGGCUCUCAGCCAGCAGGUCCACCUGGAAUGAUCAAAAUCAUAGGAGACAGCCAGUACAAGGAGCUGAAGACUAUCAUGAGCAGCUACUACAACUUCUUUCCAAUAUGGGACGAGCAGAACCCCACUGUGACCGUCCCUUUCCUGGAUAAAAAUCAUGGUCUGGUCACAACUAUGGGACUACCUGUAGUCAACAAAAUAGAUAACACCUUGUCCGGAGUGGUAGCCUUUGACAUGCCAUUGCAGAUCAUGUUCUCAGACAUAAGCCAGUACAAGAUUGGAACUCACAGCUAUGCUUUCCUCAUAGGAACAGACGGUAAGGUCUUGAUGCACAGGAACUUACCUCAGCCUAAGGACUACACCAGUAACCCAUUGUUUGUGGACCUCUCUGCCCUGGAACCCACGCUGAGUGAGGAGGCCAAGAAAAAUAUUCUGAGGGGAAUCCCAGGCUUUGAUAAACAGCUGGUGAAUCUCCCUGUGUCUAGAGGCAGCAGCAAAUUUGAUGGGGCAGUCAACUAUAAACUAAAUGCCACAUACUUCUACAAGCCACUGCCAGGGUCCAAAGGUCAAUACACAGUGGGUCUUGUACUGUUUGAUAUGGACAUGUUGCAGAAAAUACCAGAAGAGAAAGCAGGUACUACGUCAGGGCAACACUCUAGUUAUCAUCGCUUGGACCUGAAGGCAAAGCUGAUUAAUAAGACAGAGGAGAUCUGCCAGAGAUAUGGAAGCUUUUCUUCCGUGGACUCCACAGUCAAGUUUGCUCCGGAUGCCUUCAAGGACCCAGACAAGUACCUACAGGAGGUAGAGGCCAUUAACAAUGUAAAAGACUUGGAAAGUUUUCUCCAUUCAUCCAGUGUUACUAGUAAUAAUGAUUUGAAAGAUUAUGUGAAAACUGAUGUAAUUAUGACUGCAGAAAUGGAAAAAUACUGGAAGAAAACACCUGAAUCUGUAUGGAGAUACAUCGGGACAGAGACAGGUGUCUUCCGUGUGUUUCCAGGCUUUGUGGCAGACAAGACAUACAACCCUGUUGAGCAUGCGUGGUACAAGCGCGCCAUGAGUCGCCCCGAGGUGUACACGUUCUCUAGACCUGAGGCUGGGAGUCUUGGAGACAAGAACUUAGUCACAGUCAGCAGAGUGUUUUACCAGGGCAGGUAA